CUCUUCAGGCCGGCAUGGCGAAGCUUGUGUAAGCAGCUGGGGAAGGAGCGGCCGAGAAGAGAGAGAGCGUGCGCGAGCGAGAGAGAGGACAGGAGCCGACGCUGUCACUCGACCUUUGAGAUAGAUAGAGGGAGAGCGAGAGAUCCACACAGAGGAAGACUCUUUACACAUUUCUAUCGUUUCCCGUCGAGUUUCAUCGCUACGUAUCUCCGAAGGAUGAUGCCGCGUCGAGAUUUUCGAGCCCUGACCGUCGCCUCCCUGGUGGCUGUGGGGUGUGUCCUGGGUGUUCUGACCUCAUUGUCGAGCCAUGGGAGGGCAAGGCAUGAAGCGCUCCUUGCAUCCGACUCCAAGAUAAUGACUCAGCUCUUCCCUGAGAUCCCAGACCCGCACCCUGAUCCAGACCCAUGGCCGUACCCAGGACAUCCGGCCAGGUCGCCCAUCUCGAAGCAGCAGGACUCCAAGAGGAUGGCCAGGACUCAGAUCAAGUCUGAGGCAGAAGACAGGCUGGGCAUCACAGCUCAACCGGCGCUAGGUCGGGCCCACGGGUGUCGUCCGGAGCAGAUCGUGGUGUUCCCCGAAGACGACUGCGACCCUCUCACCGAGAAGAUGAAGCCUGGGAUACAGAAGUGGAACGCGCUGGUGGCGGCGCAAACCUCCAAGACACUGGGAGGAGUCCACUGGAACUCGGGAGACACCCACCCUUCCAUGGACGCCUUCCCCCUUCAUGAGCGCCAUGGCGGGUACUCCGGGUUCGGGUUUCAGGACGUGUACUACGACUCAUCCAAGGGUGUACAUCCAACCCUGUACAGAAGUCAGAUCGGGUACUCGAAGCAUCCUCGCGUGAUGGGGACGAAGCAGGUUGGGUCAGUCUCACAGCUGAAGCUGCAGCGAGUCAAGGCGGAUAUCGGGCAUCAGCUCAUCGGACAGGGGAAGGCCGAGCUCAAGGCCGCUCAGCACGUGGACACUAAGGAAGCGAUCCGACUGUACAAGGAUGCCACUGGGAGAUUCCGGGAGGCAGCCAAGCUUGACUCCCUCAGGGGCGCCAUGGACUCGUUGAACAAGAUCGAAGCGGACACCAGGGGGCUCUAUGGCGUCUUCAAGGGAGUGGAUGCGGUGGAGGAAAAGCGCCUUAGGCGGGUGGAGAGAGAAAUGCGGGACGUGAAACAAGUCUUGUCUCAGUGAAGGCAGUUACGUCAUGAGUUAAUUUAUCUCCAUCGUCAUUGUACAAGCUAAAUUAAAAGUAACCUGCUGUCUC